UUUCGGAGGGAGAGCACGUGCGUCGUCGCCACGGUAACUUCGCGAGGUUUACGAGAGUUCGAAUCGAAAUCGCGCAAUAAAAAUUAAACAUACACUCUCAUUUGAAUAUAUUUGCUGUGUGUUUGUGAAGUGAUUCGUGCAAAUAUUUCAAGAUUACAAGCCAGUGAAAAGUUUAAUAUAGUCUUUUUGCAGUUUUUGCAUAGCAAUAUGACUUGACAUAGUUCCUAUUUAUAAAUAUCGAAAGUUUGUGUUUGUCGUUGUUAAUAAAGUGCAAAAGGACUAUUUUAAUAAUAAAAUGGAGGCUCUUGAAAGGAGAGGGAAGAUAAUUGCCGUGGCGGUCAUCAUGUACAUAGUAUUUUUGUCACAAUGUAAAGGAGUAGAAGCACACAAAAAUUCCACAAAGAUGUCGUACGUUUGUCCACCGGACUUCAUCCGACUGGGCCACAGCUGUUACUUCUUCAGUGAAAACAAAGCCACGUGGCAGAGCGCUCUCUUCUCUUGCAAGGAUCGUGACAGCAAUCUCUCAGUGCCAGCUCGAUGGGAGGACAGGAAUCUGCGAAACUACCUCAAUAGGCCUGCAGUUGAGAAGGCCAGUAGAUGGAUCGGCGGUAUAUACGACUACAGUACUCGCGCGUGGAAGUGGGGGGGCGAGUUACGGGACAUGCACUAUCAGUCCUUCAGCAAGAUGAAGAAGAUGACUCCCGAUGAGCUGAAGUGGCACUGUAUUGCUAUGUCACCGGAAAUCAUGUAUAGAUGGGCCGCACGCAACUGUUUUGAACCGCGUCAAUACAUCUGUCAGACGAAACUCAAGAAGGUUCCAAAGUCGAAGCUCAAAGACCUGCGUCGUAGAUACUCGAGGAUGGGCAAGAUCAACGAGAUAACCGCUCCAAGCGUCAGCAGAGAGGUCGAUGACCCUCGUAUUAAUGACGUCACCAGCAAUCCUAUUCAGAACCCGAAAUCUUAUGAUCUGCGACCAAGUCCUUUACAGCGAAUGCCCAAAGAAAAGAGGAACCAACAGAGAAACGAUGUGAGGCCGAAUGAGUUGAGGAAGCGAUCCAGGCCUAACGCGCAAAGACGAUUGACAAGACCAUUCCCAGGUUACCGCUGGAACCGGCGCGACCCCGAAGGCUCGUACCAACGCAACGCGGAGCUGCUCCGCUCGGGGCGCACGGGGCUCACCCCGCAGCAGGUAAGCUCGCACCUCACGCGCCUGCAGCACAUCCGCGACCGCCAGCUCGCGCGCCGCAAGCGACUCCGCGACAACGACUGGCUUGUUAACGAACCGCACACACACACACAAACUAGAACACACAACACACAUGAUAGAACACACACUGAUAUACUUAACGAACAACCAGCACACGCUAGAACGUAUGAUAACGAACAACCGGCUAUCGUACAUACGCACGCUAGAACGUAUACGGUCGAUAAUAAUAUAAGCGCGUUGCACCCAAAGACGAUUGUGGAGGAGUUCGAUAUGAUGCCCCCGCCUCCGCCGAUAGUGCUGCCCCGGCCGGUCAGGAAUAUCUGGUGAUUUUGAUCUGUGCCGUCCUGAGUUAGCCAUUGCUAUGUCUAUGUAGGAAUAUUUUUGAUAGAAAACAUUUUAGAGUUGUUGUCAAAUAAUGUCUAAUGAGCCCUCUUCACAAUGGACAACAUUGACCCAACAAAUUAUAGUCAAUGUUUCCACCAUCACGGCGAUUUUGAAUAAAAAUGAUGAAACUGAGACAUGUAGGCUUUACACUAUCGCGAUUACCUCUUCUUAUUCAACGCUGCAUAUUGUGAAGAGGACCCAUAAUAUUAUAAACUUGUGUGCCUAAUGAUUGGUCAAAAUAUUGAAUUAUUUUUGUAUACGUAUAAUUUAAACGUUUAACCAUGAUUUGAUAUUCGUAAAAUAUUAUAACAUUAAUUAGCCUCAGGAUGGCAAUUCCUCUUUAUUCUUAACGCUUCAUAAAUCUAAUUUAAGUGCUUCUAAUUACGAGAUUACUGUCGCUAUACGCUUCAAAGUCUAAUUUUAUUAGUGCCUUUGCAAGCGGCUCUUUACUCCUUAGGUAAAACAUGACUUCGAAAAUAAACCUUUUAAAUUUCAUCACGCUUUAUCUUCCGUUUCCAAAAUAUUUAAUUUCACUUUCACUUUUAUAUUAUACACAGUUUUAGUAGUAUCUAUAACUUAUUAAGAUAAUUUUAUCCCGAUUUUAAUUACUAAGGAGUUUUCGCUUAUGCUUAGUUCUUCUCCUCUUUAUAAGCUAGAGCAGUCAGAACGACGAACCUUUAUAUAAAACGACCCAGUGUAUGCUUUUCAAAUAUCGUGUGUGCUAAGUCUUAGGCUGUUGAAUUAUAUUAAAUAUAAGUAUUUAUUACACAUAUUAUACGCUAAGAAAAUUAUUUGAAAUUUGUUGCUCUGACAACAUUUAAACCACCUUUAUUGUAUCCGUUAUCUGAUAUUGAUAAACUGUAUUAGUUUUAAGUAUUCUUAUAUUUUUCUAGAUUUAGACAACUAGUCAGUAAGCUAACAUCAAUAUUUAGUAUUAACAUUAUUUUUCGUAAUAUUAUAUUCAACUAACAUUUCCCGCUUAGUGUAUUUAAACAAAAUGAGUCGUACAUUAUAUUGGCAUUUUAUUAAAAGUAUAAAAUAAGUAUUCAUUCUAACUAUACGUUCCAAUUUUUAUGAUAAGCAUAAAAAUGUUGUAGUUUUAGUGCCAAUAUUUUAGUCCUCGCAUUUACUAAACGAAACAUUAGUUAGGUAAUAGUUACAUGUUCGAACUUUGACAUCCCAUAUGAUUUUCUUUGUUUAACCAAUUUUAAUUAAUUUUAAUCAUAUCUAGUAAAAUUAUUAAAUGUCACUGUUUAUAAUUUCGAUCUGAAUGUGAUGUUUGUGUUAUUUUCUGAGGAAUGUGAAGAAGAUGGCUUUUUGUAACAGAGUUAAGAAAAUAUUAUAAAAAACAACCGAAUAAAAAACAGUAUUUUAGUGUUUUACUAUUUUCAAACUCUUAAAGAAACAUAAAAAAGUUUAGUAUUUUAAUAUAAAAAACUGCCUUAACAUUAAUUAACUCUGUUACAAGAAGUCAAUUCUACAGGCUAUUUUUCUGUAAUAUACUCGGUUGCAUUUUUAUCCCUAGAAUAAGUUUUAUUUUAAUCCAUUAGUUUUUGGCGUGAAGUCAAAAGACCGUAAGAAUCAAAUAUUUAAAACUAAAAAAUACUGCCUUCUUCGUUAUUGUCUGUUAAUUCUAAAUACCUAGUCUAUCAUAAUUAAGAAAAUGUUAAAGUAUUAUUACAUAUUAAAAACCCCCACGUCUUUGUAUUUUUAUAAAGGCCUUUUAUGUGUAUAACAUUUGAAUAUAUUCAUAGCAUAUCAACUGUAUAAAUUGGUUUUAUGACAUUUUACAACAGGAUUUUGUUAAGCUGUAUUUGGAUAUAAUUUAAUACUUAAAUUAAUAAAUCAUCUGAACUAUA